GAGAUCCUAGAAUAAAAGCACAUGCGCGAUAACCUACAAUUUUUCUGCAGCCAUUUAUGUUGUUCGCAUUUUACCAAGUGUAAAACAAAAAUAUUCAGGAUGACUGACUCAAUGAAUUUUGGUCCAGAUUGGAUACGUAAUUUGUCCUCUGAGGGUACAACUGGAGGAGGAUCAAGUGGAGGAACAAGAUAUCAACUGGCUGAUUAUAGGUAUGGACGUGAAGAGAUGUUAGCCUUAUUUGAUAAAAAUGUAAAGCCACCUGUCUCUCUAUCAAAUUUUAAAUGUCUCUAUUCUGAUAUUUGCCUCCAGCCAUUAGCUUUGUUGCCAACAACUGAUGAAGAGAGAGGUUGGCAGCCUAGACCAAAUGCAGUGCCCCCUGGUCCACUUCGUGGAAGAGGUGGGUCAUUGGAAAGGGGUGGUCGAAUAAGCAGGGGAAGAGGUUACCAAUAUGGUAGACUAACAGGAGGGUACGAUUCUGGGUGGGGCAAUGGAGAACAGACAGAGUGGAGUCCUAGAAAGGAGUACAUAAAUCAAAGAACAACUUCAGACAAUUGGAGAAGGGCUAGAAAUGAUGAAGAUGACGGAUGGAGAAGUACUAACACAAGUGGACCAGGGCGAAGUAGUGGACAUGAAAAAUGGGGGCGCUCUACAAGCUGGAGGGGCGAAGGGGAUUCUGAGGAAAGAACAGGACCCCCAGAGAGAGGUGGCCGAACUAGUUGGAAUGAUAAUCGUGCCCCACUCGCCCGGAAAUCUUGGGAAAGUGAGGAUCAUCUGCCAGAAUGGGCUACAGAAAACCCAACUGAAGGAGGGGGUACAUUUGAUGAAAAGGGAGCUUUUCAUGGAUCUGAUGAUGAGCAGCCUGAAGGUAAACCUCAUAGAAAGGAAAUGGGUCUCCAGAAAUCAACAUCACAACAACAUAUUUCAACAAAAAGUCAGCCACCUCCAAUAACUUCAUCCAAGUCCACUUUAUCCCUUGUGAAAGAUGAAGAAACCAUACAUAAAAAGGAAGUUUUAGAAGAGAAUCAGUUCAAAGAAAUAGAAGAUGUAUCCCAAAAUGGAAAUAAAAAAGAUCAUGUAGAAGAAAAGAAAAAGUCAGAUCCUAGUGUACCAGAAAAAAUAGAUAAAACCAUAAAUGUUCAAGAAAGAGCUAAGUCAGAAGGUCCCCCAAAAUUGACAAAAAAUAGUGAUAAUCCACCAGUGAUUCCUAACGGAUCUGUUAAUGAAGCUCCUAGGCCCGAUGAUUCAGAUUUUGAAAGGCUACAAGAGGAUUUAGUUCUUAAACUGGUAGUGGACGAGGAAGUACCUAAGCAAAUACCCAAUAAUUUUGAAGUUAGUGGUGUACAACCACCUCCAAACUUAGCUGCACCUACAGUAGUAGAUAAAUGGUUUUACCAAGAUCCACAGGGACAAAUGCAAGGUCCUUUUUCGAACAUAGAAAUGGCUGAAUGGUACAAAGCUGGAUAUUUUAGUAAUCAAUUAAAAGUGCGAAGACAGUGUGAUGAGCGGUUCUUUUUAUUAGGUGAAUUAAUAACUUUGUGUGGUGGAGUGAAUCCUUUCCUAGUGAACAGUCGUUUCCCGGUAUUGAAAAACGAUAUCACAAAAGUACAACCUGAGCCAGACAUUAUGCAAUUGCAAUAUUUAUCUCAGAUGGCAGCAUUCAAACAGGCUCAAGCCAGACUUCUUACUGAACCAUGGACUGCUAUUUCAAUCCAGCAACAACAAGAACUAGCGGCUCAAAGACUGAUUUUGCAGCAACAACAACAGCAGGUUUCUCAAGAUCUCCAAUAUUUGCAACAACCUCCAGCGACCAAUCCUUUAAUGCACAUGAUAAAUCAAAUGCAGCAAGCAAAUAAACUACCAGGGCAAGGAUUGGUCGAUAAACAAUCCCAAAACAUACCUGGUACAUUAGAUCCUCAUUUGCAGUUGCAUAUGACCAACCUCCUUUCCAUGCAAAAUAGACUACCUACGACGGCUCUUCCGAAUAAUUUACCUGCAGGCUUAGGAAAUUCUAUACCUGGAAAUAUACCUCAGCCAGAAGGAUUACCCACAAGUAUAUCCAGUUUACAGACGCCUUCUCUAAAUACGGGUGGAAUACCUAUACCGGGAAUGCAAAGCAAUAUACCAGUCAGUAUUGGAGGAAAUAUUAAUAUGCCACGACCGACAUCUAGGGGUUCCGUUGAACAAAUUUCCUCAAAUCCAAGUAACGACCCUAUUACAUGCCUACUUAAACAGUUACAACAACAGAAACAACCAACACCGCCUCAAAUUGACUCCUUGUGGCAACAAAAUUCUUUUGCUUCUAAUAAUAGUACACCUCAGUGGCAAUCUCAAACCGAAGCUCCACCUAUAUCUAUGUGGGAAUUACAAAAUAACUCUGUACCUACCGCUCCUUCGCCUCCUUUAACCCAAUCGGAGAAACUUCAACAAGCAUUACAACCAAAACCUUCUAAAGCCGACAAAGAAAAAGAACAAAAACAAAAAGAGGAGGUACCAGCUAAAGAACUUAAGAAAAAGAAAGAGUUAGAGGAAAAGCAAGCAAAAAAAGAAGCGGAAGAAAAGAGAAAACAAGAACAGAAGAGAUUAGAGGCAGAGAAAAAGGCUUCAGAGGAAAAAAGAAAAAAGGAGGACGAACGGAUUAAAAGGGAGUUGGAGAAAGCUAAAAAAGAGGCGGAGGAAAAACGGAUGCGGGAAUUAGAGGAGAAAAGAAAACUUAAAGAACAAAGAAAAGCUGAAGAAGAAGCAAAGAAGCGAAGUGAGGAACAAAAGAAAUUAGAGGAAGAAAGAAUAAGACAAGAAUUGAAAGAUAGAGAGCUGAGGAGACUGGAAGAAGAAAAGCGAUUACAACAAGAGCAAUUGAGAUUGGCUAAAGCGGCACCUUGGACUCAAGCAAACGCCAAUAUGGGAUUAAGUCUUGCUGAAAUUCAAAAAGCUGAAAGGGAGAAAAAAGCAAUUGAUGCAGCUUUGCAUAUUCAAAGGAUACAGGAAAAAGAACAACAGCAACAAUUACAACAGGAAAAAAAUCAACCUUCUCAAUUCAACUGGGCUAACAAACCUGUAGAACCAAGAAAGGUAAAGUCGCUUGCUGAAAUUCAAGCGGAAGAACAGGAAAAAUUAGCAAAGCAAGCUGCAGAAACUAGAUUACAAAAAGAAAAGGAGCCAUUACCAGUGGUCAAUAAUACGAGCAGUAGUAUUUGGAGCAAUCAAAAUUUAACGUGGGCAUCUGCAUCUACUAAUUGGUCAGCCAGUUCGGGUGGUUUUUGGGAUGAUUCUUCCAGUAAACAGCAGCAACAGCAACAAGGUGUGCAUAAACCGUCCACUGUAUCUAAAAAUAAUUCUACAAAUAAUAUUAGUGCAGCCCCAAAGCCACAACAACAGAAACCGGCAAAGAAUGUGAAAACUAAAAAAGAUGAAUCAAAUAAAACUAAUCACAAUAAUAACGGACCGUCAACGGACGAUUUUAUGAAUUGGUGCUACAAAACCUUAUCAAAUAUUUCAACUAAUGUAGAUAUUCCUACUUUCGUUACUUUCUUACGAGACAUUGAAUCGGCGUUUGAUGUUAAAGAAUACUGUAAGGAAUAUUUAGGCGACAACAAUGCAACUCAUCAGUUUGCUGUGAAUUUUUUGGAGAAGCGACGUUCGUUUAAGCCCAGAAAUAAUGCUCACAAAGACGAUAUGUGUUCUCCAGCUCCUGCUAUUACCCCAUCCUUGCAACAUAGUACUGAAUUCCAAGAGGUCAAGGGCAAAAACAAGAAAAUCAAAAAAUCCAAAAUGUUGAAGGUGGACGCCCGAAUUCUAGGUUUUAACGUUACUUCUGCCCCUGACCGAAUUAACGUGGGUGAUAGAGAUUAUGGUGAUAAUUCUUAAACAUAGUUAUAUGAAAAAACAGAUUGUUAUUAAUUGUACCUAAUUAUAUUAUACAUAUAUAAUUUUUAAGACAAUUUUUUAGUUUAUUUCACUUUUUUUUUUAUUUCACCUAUUUGACUGUUAAAAAGAUUAAUUUUACAUAAAAACUUUUUUCAGAAUUUCUUAGUUCCCCUUAACGCAGGCACACAUUUAUUGAAUUGUUUAUUAUAAUUAUGGUUAUUUAAAUGGAUUAAACGUUAAUUGUUGUUUCAAUCUAUAGUUCAAUUUUUUAUAAUGAAAAUUUGCAUGUUUUUACUUUGACAAAUUAAAGUAAUAAAAACUUCCAUAUAU